GAGAAUCAAAAUCAGAAUCAGAUGCUGGCCUCUGAAGACAGGGCUUCAGAAAUGCCUUCCCUUUCAAACACCAACCCCCAAGAUCCCAAGUCCAAGGAGAAGCCACGAAGGAAGCAGAAGGUGCCUCUGACAGCGGCAGAGGCCCUAAAGUGUUUUAGGAACCAACUGUCUUCUUAUGAGCAAAGUGAAAUCCUGGGCUACACAGAGCUGUGGUUCCUGGGGCUCAAAGCCAAGAAGCUCGACGUGGAUCCUGAGAAAUUCAGCAAGACGAGUUUUGAUGAUGAACAUGGCUCCUAUAUGAAGGUCCUGCAUGACCACAUUGCCUACCGCUACGAGGUUCUGGAGAUGAUUGGGAAAGGGUCAUUUGGACAGGUGGCCAAGUGCUUGGAUCACAAAAACAAUGAGUUGGUGGCUUUGAAAAUCAUCAGGAACAAGAAGAGAUUUCACCACCAGGCCCUGGUGGAGCUGAAGAUCCUGGACUCUCUCAGAAGGAAGGACAAGGACAACACCUACAAUGUGGUGCACAUGAAGGACUUUUUCUACUUCCGCAACCACCUCUGCAUCACCUUUGAACUCCUGGGAAUCAACUUGUAUGAGUUAAUGAAGAAUAAUAGCUUUCAAGGCUUCAGUCUGUCAGUAGUUCGGCGCUUCACCCUCUCUGUUUUGAAAUGUUUACAAAUGCUUUAUCUAGAGAAGAUCAUUCACUGUGAUCUCAAGCCUGAAAAUAUUGUGUUACACCAGAAGGGCCAAGUCUCUAUUAAAGUUAUUGACUUUGGGUCAAGCUGUUAUGAGCAUGAAAAAGUGUACUCGUAUAUCCAAAGCCGGUUCUACCGAUCGCCAGAGGUGAUUCUGGGCCAUCCCUACAACAUGGCCAUUGACAUGUGGAGCCUGGGAUGCAUCAUGGCUGAACUGUACACGGGCUACCCACUGUUCGCCGGGGAGAAUGAAGUGGAGCAGCUGGCCUGCAUCAUGGAGGUGCUGGGCCUGCCACCAUCUCACUUCAUUCAGACGGCCUCCAGGAGACAGACAUUCUUUGAUUCCACAGGUUUUCCUAAAAAUAUAACUAACAAUAGGGGGAGAAAAAGAUACCCGGAUUCCAAGGAUCUCACGAUGGUGCUGAAAACCUAUGACUCCAGCUUCCUGGACUUUCUCAGAAGGUGUUUAGUAUGGGAACCUUCUCUUCGCAUGACCCCUGACCAGGCUCUCAAGCAUGCUUGGAUUCAUGAUUCACGGAAUCUCAAAGCACAGCCCAGGCCCCAGACCCUGAGGAAACUCAAUCUCUCUUUAUCCUCUGAGGCAAGAAAAGACAAGGUUCAAGGGCAUCACCACUUGGAUAAAAAAGAUGUGAUUAUCAAAGAGACUACAGACAAAAUAAAAGAUGACACCACCAAGCAGUUUCAAAAUUCAGGUGAUCAGCAGGGCUCUCUCCAGCAUGCUGCUGAAGUUGUCCAACUGCCUCACCUAGUAGAAGCUUCCAGUAAACCAGAGGCAGUUGUCAGGCCAGAGGAGUCCAAGACCUCCACAGAGCAACAAAGCAAGAACUCCUCCCCCAAGAACACAAGCAUUUUACCACCUAUUGUAUGACCUCUGCUGAGGGCGUGUCCUGUUCCUUUUCACCAAUGAUUUGUAUUAGAGACCACACUUAUAUUGUACAAUACAUAAGAUUGUUGUUUUUAAUGCAUAAAGGUUUGUUUAAAAAACAAAACAAAACAAAAACAACUCUUUUCACAUGGCCAUUGGCAUGAUUCCUGAUAUGAGGGGGUGGGAGAGAAUGUCCUUGCAUCUAUAUUCCCUCCUUAUGCCCUCAACCAGAUAAAGCAAUGGGGGUGUGUUUAUAUGGGUUUGUGUGUGUGGAGGGGAUGUUAAACACUCAGUUAUAUCAUCACUAAUAGAACUCUAUAGUUUGUUUUUGCCCAUGACAGGAUUCUUAUUUGAAAAUGAGAGAAGCUAAAUCCAAACUAGUUUAAGCAACAAAGGACAUUCAUUGGUUUAUAUAAUCGGGCAAUCAGAAGGGUAUGUGUAGUUUCAGGCACAGCAGAAUCUAGGAAUUCAAACCAGGUCAUAGGGCUCAGACUCCCUCUACAUUUUAACCUUGCUUCUUUUUAUGGUUAACCUCAUUCUGAAGACAAGCUGUGUCCAGAGUUAAGAUUAUCAUCAUCAU